GUGGUUUUUUUUGUCAUGGAUCAAAGGUGGAAAAGAUUAUCCUUGCUAGUAAUCAUCUUGGUAUUUUGGAGGAAUGCUGAUGGAUUUAAAGGUGGAGUUUCUUCCAGUGCCCAUCAUGGGUGGGGUCAGCCUUCUGAUGCUUUCUCACCUCGUGCAGUCCAGUCUUCUAUGUCAGAGGUCCGUUUAACUGGGUUUUUGCCUGUUGAAGAAGUGGGCUCCAGUUUGUUCCCUAACAAACCCCUGAAAAGCAAGUCUAAGUUGAAUCUACUUCAGUUUGUCAAAGGUGGUUCCAGCAGCUAUCAGUCAACGUCCCAUGCCCAAACUACUCCAAGCAGCUCUGUCUCAGCGUCCUUGCCUCUGUCCCUGAAUCAACAGCCUUCAUGCAGUUUGGCAUCCUCUGGAUCAACCAUUCCAGGUGUUGCUGGUGGAUUAAGUUUGGAGACCCAAUAUGCUGCAAGUGGUUUAGGACAAGUUGUUUCUACCCUAGGAGAGAGUAGUAGCUAUCCUGCUAAGCUUGGUGUUUCUGGCCAAUCCACCAGUGAUACUUUGCAUGUGUCCAGCUCCCAGGAAACUGCUGUUCAACUGGCAGAAACCUCUUUGCCGGUGUUCUCGAAGAAAGUCUCUUACAGCAGUUCAUCUGCUCCAGGUGUCACUUCCACUUCUCGGAGUAGCCCUGCACUACUUUCACAAAGCUUGGGUCAACCUGUAUCUUCUCAGGGUGAAGUUGGUUACAGUGGUUUGUCUCAAGGUGCCUCUAAUCAGUAUACCCCAGACUCCAAUACCAUGCUAGGUUCAACUUCUAGCCAGCCCAGUGGUGACCAGAGCUCCCCCAGUGUGUUUGGCUCAAGCUCUCAGGGUAGUUCUGAGACCUUUUUAGCUUCUGGUUUUUCUCUUCUAGAGGAAGUGGCAGGGCUUAGACCUCUUGACUUGUCUUCCAAAUCUCCAGAGACGUCCAGUCAGUUUCAGCCCUUGGUGGUAUCUAGCCAGUCCACAAGUGUUCAGAGUUCACCUAGUGUGUCUACGUUAAGCACCCAGAGCAGGUCUGGCCCUCAGUUAGUAACGUCCAGUCAUUUUAUCCCUGUGCAAGGAGGUAGUAGCUCUGUUAGUUUAUAUCUCAAGCCUCCGGGCACUCUGGGUCGGUAUGCUCCUGCGUUCCCUGCCAAAUAUACAAGCACUCCCGUGUCUGCACCCCAAGCUACCACAAAUAGCGGGUCUUCCUAUAGAGCUGUUUCACAGGUUGGUUCUCCGUCUCAAAUGGGAGCUUCUGGUCAGUUUACAUCUCUGGGUGGGAACUAUUACAGGGGGUUGCUUCCACAGUCUCGAGCUACUUCUAGUCAAUAUGCUCUUGGCUACUCCAAGCCCAUUUCCUCACCCCAAAGCACUUCCAGUCAGUCCACCAGUGCCUUGAGUUCUUAA